UCAGCCUUGGUCGUGCUUGCAGCGCUUUGACCCCGCCAUGUUCCUUCUCUUUGCACUGCUCUGUGCGCUUGGAGGACUGCACGCCCUCCUGGAUUCUGAAGAAAUAUUACUGCAUGUCACAGUUCCAUGGAAGAUAAAGUCAAAUGAGAGUGAAGAUUCAGAGAAGCAGGUGAUUUAUGUCAUUACAAUUGAUGAAAAACCCUACACUCUGCAUCUCAGAAAACACUCAUUCUUAUCCCAGAACUUUUUGGUUUAUACAUAUAAUGAAACUGGAUUUUUGCAUUCAGAGUCAUCAUAUUUUAAGAAAACAGCUCUUCCAAAACUAUUACCCCAAUACCUAGAAAUUCACAUUAUAGUGGAAAAAGAUUUGUAUGAUUAUAUGGGAUCAGAAAUGAUGGCUGUAACACAGAAAAUUAUCCAGAUUACUGGCCUUGUCAACACUAUGUUUACUCAGUUCAAAUUGACUGUAAUGCUGUCCUCCUUGGAAUUGUGGUCACAUAAAAACAAAAUUUCUACCAACGGGGAUGCUGAUGAUUUAUUACAAAGAUUUUUUGUAUGGAAACGGGACUAUCUUAUCCUACGGCCCCAUGACAUAGCAUUCUUACUUAUUUACAGGAAACAUCCUACAUAUUUGGGAGCAACAUUUUCUGGCACGAUAUGCAAUAAAAGCCAUAAUGCAGAUAUUGCUAUGUAUCCAGAUGCAGUAACUUUGGAAGGAUUUUCAGUUAUUAUAGCUCAACUACUUGGCCUUAAAAUGGGAUUAACAUAUGAUGAUAUUAAUAAAUGUUCUUGUCCAAGAGCUACAUGCAUAAUGAAUCAUAAAGCAGUGGGUUCCAGUGGUAUAAAGAUUUUUAGCAACUGCAGCAUGCAUGACUAUAGAAAUUUUGUUUCAAAGUAUGAGGCUAAAUGUCUUCAGAACUUUUCAAAUUUGCAACCAUCAUACCAAAAUCAAUCAGUAUGUGGUAAUGGGAUUUUGGAACCUAAUGAAGAAUGUGACUGUGGAAGCGAAGAGGAAUGUCUAUUUAAGAAGUGCUGUGAUUUUCAUACAUGUAAACUGAAAAGCUCAGCAAAAUGUGGUUCUGGACCCUGCUGUACAUCAAAAUGUGAGAUAUCAUUAGCAGGCACUCCUUGUAGAAAGAGUAUUGAUCAAGAAUGUGAUUUUACAGAAUAUUGCAAUGGAACCUCUAGUAAUUGUGUUCCUGACACUUAUGCGUCGAAUGGUCAGCUGUGUAGGUUGGGAACUGCAUAUUGUUAUAAUGGACGAUGCCAAACUACUGACAACCAGUGUGCCCAGAUAUUUGGAGAAGGUGCUCAAGGUGCUCCGUUUGCCUGUUACAAAGAAAUCAAUUCUCUGCGUGAUAAAUUUGGAAACUGUGGUUUUAAAAAUUCUCAACCAUUGCCCUGUGAACAGAGGGAUGUUCUCUGUGGAAAAUUAGCUUGUGUUUGGCCACAUAAGAAUACUUAUAAAAAUGAUGUUCAACCUGCAGUUUAUUCAUACAUUCAAGGGCAUGUAUGCAUAUCUAUAGCCACUGGGUCAUCAGUGAAAUCAGAUGAAAGAGAUUAUUCCUAUAUUGCUGAUGGCACUGUUUGUGGGGCACAAAUGUAUUGUAUAAAUAAAACCUGCAAAAAAGUUCACUUGAUGGAAUAUAACUGUAAUGCUGCUACAAAAUGCAGAGGAAAUGGAAUAUGUAAUAAUUUGGGUAAUUGUCAUUGUUUUCCUGGCCAUAGGCCUCCAUAUUGUGAAUUCCAGAUUGGUUCACCAGGGGGAAGUAUUGAUGAUGGAAAUGUUCAGAAAUCUGAUAUAAUUUUUAUUGAAGAAGGCUACAAUGAACAGCAAAACAACUGGCUUAUUCUGAGUUUCUACAUUGUUCUUCCCUUUAUCAUAAUUUUCACCAUUAUGAUCAUGAAACGAAAUGAAAUGAGAAAAUCAUGCAACAGACAAAAUGCAGAAUAUGAAGGUAAUUCAGUCGUUGUGCCAGAAAACUAUGACGUGGACUACUGGUAACAGCCAAGCACUUCACCAGCAGAUGGUCCAUUUCCAGAGGAGAAAACUUCACUUUAUGACCCUUACGUAAUCCCUAAAUGCGUUUCAGAGGUUCUCGUUCUGGAAAUAAAACCCAAGCCCAGGUGGGCACCAGGCCA